UUGUAAUGUUUUAAGGUCCCUUCAACACUAAACUGCCCAAGCUUUUGUCUUUUCAAGCCAACAAAAUGGUUAUGACGAGCGAACAGAACUCAUCGACUUCUGCAGCGAACAAGCAGAAGAAGCAACGGCUACGCAAUCGGCCCAGAAACAAACGCAACCGAUUGGAAGAUAACGAGGCUCAGCCACGCAGCGACAGUGCAAUGCAAAAAUCUAACAGUAAUCCACAGCAGAAUGCAGCGGCGGAUAAGACCCGCGAGCAGGUGAUGGCCGAGCGAGAGGCUAAAAAGCAAGCGAAGCAGGCCAAGAAGCAGAAGCCCAACACGCCAGCCACAACAAUCAUAACACAAGUAGAGCAAACGACCAUCACAAAAAAGCUAACAACCACAACCACAACAACGACGAAAGAACAAAACCAACUCCAGCUAGCAGCAGCCGCUUCCGCGCCCUUAACUGAUGCCACCGUCACAAGUAACGCAGUUCAGGUCACAGCACAAAACUCAACAGAUUCCUUGACCAACGUUGCGGAAGCUGGCGAAAAAACGCGCGAGCAAAUCAAAGCGGAACGUGAGGCGAAAAAGGCCGCCAAACAUGCUGCAAAGUCCAACAAGGCCAACAACGUGGAUGCAGUGGCUCAGCAAUUAAACCACGUGCAACUCACUCCUAAGGCGGCAGUUACCGAAACUGCUGCAGCGGGAGCAGCAGAUCUAGACAAGAAAAAACCAGCGCUAAGCAAGGCGGAGCGUCGUGCGAUACAGGAGGCGCAACGCGCGGCCAAGGCACAGGGACAAAACAAAAAGGGGACACCAACGCCCGGUGUAGCUAAAGCCGCGGCAAGCAGCGUUAAGGCGACGCCUAUUGUGAGUGCAACGCCUGUUAAGGAGCCCAAACGAGAGAGUGAAUCACCCGCCAAGUCGCCGUCAAAGCCAACAACGCAGAAAGCAGAACGAGAGUGGAAUGUGAAGCUGUUCAAUCAUUUGGUGAGCGCUGACAAAGACGCUAGCUUAUUCAUAAACGAUGCCAGUGUGCAUCCCAGCAUUGCUCGGCUGGGUGUCCAGUAUUCCCAGCGUACUAUUGUUGGCUCCAAUGCGCGCUGUAUCGCUUUCCUGCAUGCGCUGCGGCAGGUGGUGCAGGACUUUGAGACGCCCGCGAAGAAAGAGUUUGGACGCAGUCUCGAUGCCGCAGUCAAGCAUCAUGUCGAACAUCUGCACAAGUGCCGACCGCUGGCCGUGUCCGUAUCCAAUGCCUAUAAGCAGUUUAAGAACCAGUUGACGCAGCUGCCGGACAAACCGGAAACGGAGUUAAAGGAGCUACUCGGACACUUUAUAGACACCUACAUUGAGAAUCAGAUUGGCAAGGCUGCGCAGGCCAUCAGCAGCUCCAUGCAGGAGAAGAUUACAGACGGCGAUGUGCUGCUCACUUUUGCCUGUUCCUCGCUCAUACAGUUUAUCUGCGAGGAGGCCAAACGCCGCCAGGUGUCCUUUCGUGUCAUUGUUGUAGAUUCGUUGCCUUUUUGUGAGGGACAGGAGAUGCUGCGCCGACUUCACGCCUGCGGCAUACCCUGCACCUAUGUGCUGAUCAACGCCAUCAGCUAUGUGAUGCCGGAGGCCACCAAAGUGAUGCUGGGAGCGCAUGCACUGCUAGCCAAUGGAUAUGUUAUGGCUCGAACGGGCACCGCCCAAGUGGCGCUCGUAGCUAACUCCCAUAAUGUUCCUGUGCUCGUCUGCUGUGAGACGCACAAGUUCAGCGAGCGUUUCCAAACUGAUGCUAUAGUCUAUAACGAACUGUGCGAUCCCAAUCAACUGGUGAAGGGCGCCAAGUGCUGUCUCCAUAACUGGCAAACCAAGAGCCGGCUAACGCCGCUCAAUUUGAGCUACGAUAUAACGCCUCCCGAACUGGUCAGUGCCGUUGUCACCGAGGUGGCCAUUCUGCCCUGCACCAGCGUGCCCGUCAUUCUGCGUAUUAAACCAGAUAUUGGCUAUUAGAGCUUCACAUCUUGUUGCUUUCU